GCAACAUGCAUUCUGACUUUUCAGCAGGACAAAAGGUGCUCGACUCCUACUACAACGCUUCGAAAAUCUACUACUAGUUAUUUUUUUUUAAGUCCUUUCAGGGUAUUCAAAACACCGAAAAAAUGUUGGAAAACUUUCGCUCGAUGAGAUCAAACGCCAUGAACCACCUUCUGCCACCGAACCCAUUCAAGGACGAAGGACCAAGGAUCGUCUAUCACGUGACUGUAACGACCGGUGCUAUGAAGUACGCUGGUACCGAUUCAAACGUCUACAUUGCUAUGACGGGGGCGAGCGGUGAGAAGACGAGUUUGGCAAAGUUAGACAACUCGUUUCAUGAUGACUUCGAACGUGGUAGUGUCGAUAAAUUUAAAGUUAAACUGGAAGAUAUCGGCAAGCCAGUCAUUCUUACCAUAAAACACGAAGAAGCGGGAAUGUUUGCUGAUUGGUUCGUGACUUCGGCUGUUGUACAGAAGGCUGGUGACAACGCUGUUUAUAAGUUCCCUGUAAACAUGUGGGUAACUGGUACGGUGGACAUUGCACUUGGAACAGCGAAGUUGUUUCACCAAGAAGAGAAUCCAAUCCUGCUUUCCCAUCGACGUCACGAACUUGAAAAGAAGAGACAGGAGAUCAAAUGGCGAUCUCCUGAAAGCGAAGACGCAAAGGGAUUACCUGGUUACAUUUUCGGCGACGCUUUAGAAGACCUGCCCCGUAACCUGAGGCUUGAAGAAGGUAUGCUGAAGGAGUUUGAAGAGACCAAAAAAAUGGGAAAGAAUAAUAUCAUGGAAAAAUUCCACGGGGUUAUGGACAAAUGGGAUCAGUUUGCUGAUUUUAAAAACGUUCUCAUGCAUCCGAAGCUGCCGAAAGUACCAGACUUCCAACAAAAUUGGGAACGUGACGAAGAAUUCGCUCGCCAACUACUUAACGGUUGCGAUCCUACUUUGUUGAAAAGAUGCGACGAAUUGCCCAAGAAAUUCCCAGUUACAAAUAAAAUGGCAAACUCGCAAUUGACACGGGGUGUAUCGUUAGAGCAAGAAAUUAAGAACGGUAACAUUUACAUCAUCGACCUUGAGAUGCUCGACGGCAUGCCAUGUGGAAGAAGUCCCAUCAACCAAACAACAUAUUUCUCGUGUGCACCAAUAUGUUUGUUGUACGUUAACAGCAAGAAGAAUUUGGUUCCCAUAGCGAUCCAGCUAUGGCAGCAACCAGGAGCAAACAACCCGAUUUGGACCCCAAGCGAUUCCGACUGCGAUUGGAUGCUUGCGAAAAUCUAUUUCCGUAAUGCAGAAGCGAAUGUACAACUGUUGGUCGGGAAAUUGUUCCAAACUCAUUUAAUCCUGGAGCCGUUCGCUGUGGCUGUUCACCGGUGUCUCUCACAGUCGCAUCCAAUCCUUAAGCUUCUUCUUCCUCAUCUCCGGUACGCAUGUGCAGGAAACCUUGUCAUUCGUACUUGCCUCAUUAAUUCAGGGGGAGCCAUGGAUAAACUGAUGUCUUAUGGCGGAGGCGCCCAAAAACACAUCAUCCGCGAAUCGUUUCGUAACUUUAAAUAUGAGGAUUUGAACAUACGGAAAUUGCUUGCUGAAAAUGGUACAGCUGAUCGUACAAAACUACCUGGUUAUUAUUUCCGAGAAGAUGCUUUUCUACUGUGGGAUUGCUUGGUCAAAUACGUGUCGAAAAUCGUGAGAUUCUUCUACAAAUCGAAUGAGGACGUGAAACGAGAUGAGGAAAUACAGAAUUGUAUUCGUGAAGUACGGAAUGACGGUUUGGGUUGGGAAAAAGGGAACGACAAAGGAUUACCAAAGGAAAUAACAAACACUGAACAACUGGUCGAAUUGGUCGUGAGCCUUAUUUUUACUGCGACUUUUAGAAGUGCUGCAGUUACUAACGGGUUGUUUGAUAUUUGUAUGAAUGUCCCGAAUUCCCCGUUGAAUAUGGCGUUGCCACCACCUACUGAAAAAGGAAAGGCAAGCCAUGAUCUGAUACUGCAAAGUCUGCCAAGCAAAGCAUCAAGUUGUAUGCAAGUAACGCUGUGUCAUGCACUAUCGAAACACGCAGAUGAACAGGUCUACAUGGCCGACUAUCCUGUCGACAUGUUUUGUGAGGAACCUGCCCAGAGAGCUGCAGUUCACUUCAGAGAUGAAUUACAAAGAUUUUCUUCAAUUAUUCGAUCCCGAAACGAAGGAUCUAAUAUUCCAUAUGAAUAUAUGCUACCAGAAAAAGUACCGAUCGCUAUUGCUAUUUAGAUUACCUAACGACACAUAUCUUUAUAGAUUUGGUUUUACAUUAUAUAUAGUAGGGUGGGGUAAUAUCGAAAAUGUUUUUAUUCUUUUUUCUUGUUUUAUUUGGUAGUAAACAUUUACUGUUUACAGAAUUAUAAAACUGUAUCCUCACGACGCAAAAAUAGGUUGUUUAUUGUCCAAAGCACCAUUAGGAAAUAAAAUAUUAGCUAUUAUACGUGCUAACGGUAUUCCAUUUUUACUCCACAGUAUUGUGUGUUCUUUAUGUGUAGUUUUUUUGUAUGUGCAGAAAUUAUAUAAAUAUCUACUGUUUGUGUUUUCGCUGGUGACUUCUUUUUAUCUUACUUUCAUCAUCAAAAUAUAUCCUGCAUAUUCCUAUAAAACAUAAUUUAAAAUUACAGU